GUUCAUCUCUCCUCCUGUUCCCUCCUCAUCGAGAAGAGCGACCUCACUUCCCUCCCCUCCCUCCCUCCCUAUCUCCCUCGACCACAUUCAACAUGGCCUACCCAGCCAACACGGGCGGUCUGCCCGACGACCUCGAGACCAAGGGCCACCAGAUUCAGGUCGAGAACGCCUACGACUCAGACGAAAAGACCCGCCGCACCGAUCUCCUGACCGAUGCCUACGAAGCAGAGGGUGUCGAGUUGCGCAUGGGCGUGCUCGCCGCCGUCAAGGCAUACCCCAUGGCCUCGCUGUGGGCCUUUGUCUUUUCCUGCACCAUUAUCAUGGAAGCGUACUGCGUCUUCCUCAUGGGCAACUUCAUCGCUCUCCCCGCCUUUGCCAACCGCUACGGAGUCUACAACGCCGCCGAGGACGAAUACGUGAUUCAGACCUCCUGGCAAUCCGCCCUUCAAAUGGGUGGUCCCGUCGGCGCCAUCAUCGGUGUGGUCAUCGCCGGUCCCAUCACCUCUCGCAUCGGCUACCGAUGGGCCUUCAUCUCCAACCUGAUGCUGCUCAACGCCUUCAUCUUCGUCUUCUACUUUGCCAACUCGCUCAAGGUCAUGUUGGCGGCUCAGAUCCUCGAGGGUAUCCCAUGGGGUGUCUUCAUCGCCAACUCCCCCGCCUACUGCUCCGAGAUCGUACCCAUCGCACUCCGCGCGCCCGCCACGCAAAUGUUGCAGAUGUUCUGGGCCAUCGGCGCCAUCAUCGUGCAGGGUGUGACAUACAACUACAACGGCCUCGACACCCAAACCGCGUACCGCGUCCCCAUCGCUCUGCAGUGGAUGUUCCCCACCCCACUCGCCAUCCUCAUCUUCCUCGCUCCCGAAUCUCCCUGGUGGCUCACCCGCAAGGGCAAAUUCGAAGAAGCCGCCAAAGCCGUCGGCCGACUCGGAAAGAAAGACCCCAAAACCAACCACGAAAACGUCGCCAUGAUGCGUCGCACCAUCGAGCUCGAAGCCAACAAUUCCGAGCCCAACCUCCUCGAACUCUUCAAAGGCGUCAACCUCUACCGCACGCUCAUCGUCUGCGGCGUCUACGCCGCCCAGAACCUGACGGGUAACCUCAUCGCCAACCAAGCCGUCUACUUCUUCCGCCAAGCCGGCAUCAACGUCAACCUCGCCUUCGCCCUCGGCCUCAUCACCUCCGCCCUGCAAAUGAUCUUCGUCAUGCUCUCCUGGGUCCUGACGACCUACAUCGGCCGCCGUCCCAUCUACGUCUGGGGUUCCGCCUUCAAUACCUUCCUCCUCAUCAUGCUCGGCGUCGCCGCCUCCGUGCCCGUGUCCUCCGACUCCGCCAAAACCGCCGCCUCCCUCGCCCAAGCAUCCCUCGGCCUCGCCGUCUCCGUCCUCUUCACCCUCGGCCCGGCCCCCGUCUCCUACGCCAUCAUCGGCGAGACCUCCUCCAUCCGUCUCCGCCCUCUCACCACCGGCAUCGGCCGCGGCGCCUACUACCUCGUCAACAUCCCCUGCAUCUUCCUCGCGUCGUGGAUGCUCAACCCCGACGGCGCGAACUUGGGUGGCAAGUGUGGGUACGUCUGGGGCGGCACGGGAUUCGCGUGUUUCGUCGUGGCGUACUUUUUCCUGCCCGAAUUCAAGGGGAGAUCGUACCGGGAGAUUGAUAUCUUGUUCGAGCGGAAGGUGAAUCCGAGGAAGUGGCCGCAGACGGUGAUUAAUAUUGAGGAGGAUCAUUAGAUGUUGCUUGUGGAUGUGAGGGGAAGGAGGAGAGGUGUUAUUCAUUGUUGGGGGGAUGUGGGAUGGAAAAUAUGGAUACCAAUCUAUCUACCUUGUGCGAGGAUACCGUAACAUAUCUAUUGCUGUGGACUUGUGUAUGACAGCCUUUUUUA